AUACUUUAUCUAACGAUGCGUCUCGUUUCGCUCGCUGUAUCGUCGGUCAGUUUAUACACUACUUCAGUCACUAGCAAACACGGGAGCGGAAUGAGACACCCCCAGAGAGGUAGUGUGCAGUAUUUAUCUAUUUUCUGCUAAUUAUUCUCUUAAACACACAGAGAUCCACGUGACACUCUAUUAUGAAGAUGUCGUGUAUUAAAGCGGAGAGUGAAGACAUAAGGAUUGAGGAAGUGUUCAGUCUGAAACGUGAAGAUACUGAGGAAGAUCCAGGUCUGCGUAUACAAGACAAACUGCAACCCGGAUGGCUUUCACAUGGUGAUCUGAUGAUUUUAUAUUGUGAUCAAUCUACUUUUCAAGCGACCCGAUGGUGCUGAUAGAGGAGAGUAAAGAUCGGUAUAAGAAUCAUGAAUUCAGUACUGAAGAAAAAUCUUUUAGUUGUUCACAGACUGAGACUUCCUCACAAAAAAAACCUAAAAGGACUCGGAUUAGAAAACGCGUGAUCUGCUCAGAGUGUGGAAAGUGGAUAAGCAAUCAGAGAAACCUUACCGUCCACAUGAGGACUCACACUGGAGAGAAGCCUUUCACCUGUCCUCAGUGUGGAAACCGGUUCAGUCAGCAGGGAAGCUUUGAUAGACACAUGAGAGUUCACAGCGGAGAGAAGCCUUACAGCUGUGAACUGUGUGGAAAGAGCUUCACUGCACAGAUCAACCUUGACUACCACAUGAACAGUCACACUGGUGAAAAGCCGUUUUCAUGCGAUCAGUGUGGAAAGCGCUUCAGACAUAAAGCAACCGUUAAAAAUCACAAGAAGAUUCAUUCGAGACAGGAGCGUUUUAUAUGUGGUCAGUGUGGACUGAGUUUCACAGACGCAAGUCACCUUAAGAGUCACGUAACAACUCACGCUGGAGAGAAGCCGAACAUGUGCGAUCACUGUGGAAAGGGUUUCGUAAACAAAAGGACUCUCAAGGUUCACAUGAUAAUUCACACAGGAGAGAGGCCUUUCGCCUGCCUCGAGUGUGGACAGAGAUUCAAACUGAAAGCCUCCCUUCAGACUCACAUGAGCGUUCACAGUGAAGAAAGGCCUUUCACCUGCCCAAUGUGUGGAAAGAGAUGCAAACUCAAGGGAAACCUUAGGCUGCACAUGAGGCUUCACACUGGAGAGAAGCCUUAAAUGUGUAUCCAGUGUGAAAGUAUUUAGAGCUGCAUCCAUGUUUCCUCUUCUUCAUUUGCACAUGUUGACUGUCACCAUCUAUUUCAUGCACUAAACAUGGAUAGACUAAAAUAGAUAAACAUGAAUAUAUAAAUAAAAUGUGUGGGCCAGGUGGGGCCCCAGUGGGCAAACUCUCAGCAACUCUUGGCUGUUACAGUUUUUCUCUUUGUUUUGGAAGUGUUCGUGUCCAGGUACAGUACUGAUUGGCUCCUGUCCUGAUCCACCCUGCUUUGACUCUCUCAUUUCAUGUAUGCUUCACCCCUAGACAGGGUGUAUCAUGGACUUUCUGUGGGCCAAAUCUGUGGGAUGUGGGCACAUUUUGGGCUGACUGUGGGUCCUAGUGUGGGCCAUUCUUUAGUCUUUCUUUGUACAUGCAGAAUACCACUUAUUACUAUGCAUAUAUGCAGAAUAGUUGCACUUCACAUUUAGUCAUAAACUCAUAGUCAUAGAAAGGAUAAAAUACAUUAGUUAUUCCCAUUGCUUGGCACAUUUUUCAAAACAAUCUUAACAUCCUAAAAACUGCAGUUGUCAGAACUGGGACAUCUGAACUCUUGCGUGUCUGCUUAAUGCUGAAACAUUUAAUUCAUGCUUCAAAACAUAGUUAUUGUGUCAGUGACUUGGCCAGUGCCACCAAAAAAAGUGUUUUUGUCAUCGUGUGAGCCACACUAGUCAAAAUGAUUAGAUUUUUUUGUUCACCAUGGAAGUAUUUGUUAUAUGCAAAUUUAAUUUCAGUUCAUUUCGUGUUAUAUGCAAUUUCAUUUC